AUGGCGGCAUCAAUUAACCCCGAUCAGAUUGCGGCUACAGAGAAACAAGUGCUAGAGUUUGAGCAACAAUCCCUCGACAUACUCGGUCCCGUCCCCUCUGACCUCAGAGAAUCAAUCAUAGAAAUCCCCCUACAGGAUGGAUUCGUCAGUCACAGCAUCCUCAUCAGACCUGCCAUCUCUCCCGGUCAAGACAUCAAAAAGUGUCCCCUCGUGGUAUUCAUCCACGGCGGCAGUUUCACUUAUUGCAGCCCAAAACAAUUCCUUUCUCCCGGCCGGGCCACGGCGUCACACUUUAAUGCCGUCGUCGUGUCCAUCGAGUACAAGCUGGCUUCCAAGUACCCCUUUCCUGCCGGACCUCGCAGCGCCUGGGAGGUUGUUUCAUGGCUAUCCAACCCCAGUAAUAUCAAUGACACUGUGCUCCGAGCCGAGGGACUAGAGGUUGACCCGCAGCUGGGCUUUGUACUGGGGGGUGCCAGUGCCGGCGCGAACCUUUCGGCCGUCAUUGCCGGCAUCGACAGCACCGUCAAGGCGGGACAGCACCAUGAUCUGAUCGAGGGCCUGCCCAAGAUCGCCUCGGAUAUCACGGGCCUCUUUAUCGCGAUUCCCUUGCUUCUGGAUGCCGAAAUUGUCCCUGCCGAGUACGUUGACCUCUUCAAGUCUCAUGAGGAGCACGCCGACGCCCCGUUCAUCAAUGCCCGGAGCUUGGCCGAGACUAGACUGAUAUACCAGCCGGAUAUCCAUUCGCCGUGGUUUUCGCCAUUCAAUCUCGAUUGGAGCAGGCUUUCCGGCCUCCACCCACCCAAGGUCUAUGUGCAAUUUGGUGAGCUGGAUAUGCUGCGUGAUGACGGAGUGAUUUAUGAGCGCAUGCUGAGCGCCAGAGGUAUUGCGGAGACCAAGUUUGACAUGAUGAUCGGAUAUGACCAUGCAUGUUGGUGCAAUCUCAUCUUUGAUCCCGCGCAUACGCAAGAGAUAAAGGAGAAAACCAUGGAUGCUCUUUCUUGGCUGCUGGGCAGGGAAUGGGAUAGAACCAAGCCGCUAUCACACUAG